AUUUUCCUUUCUUUUCCCUUCCACUUUCCCCAAAGCCAAACAGAAAAUUAGAAACCUCAACUGCGAAAAGUGUGAGCGAUGAGGAAGCUGAGGAGAAAAUUGAGAAAUUCACAGGACGACGACUUCUCUCUACCCACUUGGGACGAUCCUUCCCUCAACGAUUCUCGCCCCAUGGAUACUCAAGAGCAAGAGGAGUUGGUUCGUGAAAUGGAGAAGAGUCAAGCUCAACAGAGUCGGUUAUGGAGGGUUUUGUUUGCAUUGCUUCUCUUUUGUUUCGCGGUGUUUCUGUUGUACUCAAUCUGUCAGCAGGUUCUGUCUCCUUGGGAAUUGUCAGAUGGGCAACUACUGGUUAUAUGUGAUUUUGCGGCUAUGUUAAUCUGGAAAAUGUGUUUACUCAUGAUGAAAUUGUCACAUUUUGAUCUUGAUCAACAGCAUUAUCAUGCUUAUUUCAUGGAAGAGAUGCUCUCAUGGAUGAUUAUAUCUGCAGAUUGGCUAGCUGUUGUAGCAUAUUCAUCAGCUAUCAUAGGAUUGCUUCAUGAUUCAAAGCAUCACCGCCAAUGGAUUUGGUACUCACUCUUUACUGGCAUUGUACUUGCGGCUUUCUGGCUGUAUUACAUGUUGAGAUUGCCAAGGUUCCGCUGGGAUGUAAUCUGGCUUCCAUUUGGACCUCUAAGCGGAGCAGCACUGGCUCUGUACGUUGAUCAUCUGCUAACUGAGUCAUCAGAAGAGAUAAGAAAGCUUCGAGGCUAUAUGGAGAGGGAGAGGGAGAGGGAGCUCGUACAAGCUUGAUUCUCGAACUGUGUUAAUCACAUGGAAAUUCCUGGUUGAACUCGAAGGCGUCAAACUUUUGGGACCUGCUGGCUUUUAUGUCGCACGAACGAUAAUAUCAUAAAAGGUAAUGCUAGGGAGAUCAAUUUUGUAAAAGACUACAAAAAUUACUAUUUGUAAAAGUACGUCUUAUUAGUGUAAAAGCGUUAUCUAAACCGUCAAGGGAGGGGUCAUAUUUUUUCUACGA